AUGGACGAGGCCUCUCUUGCCAUCAUAUCCAAUGAGGAGGAGAUGGCCAAGCUGGACAAUCUCGACCAGGCCCAACUCAUCCUCGCCCGACUGAUGGAAGGCGGCCAGGAGGAUGACGAUACUUGCAAGGCACUCGAUCAGCUUACCAAGCUGCUGAACAAAGACAUCGAAGCGGUCAAACGCGACAAGGAUCACAAGUCUAUCUGCACCGUCAUCGACGAUGUCUGCGUCGACACCAUCUUCAGCUAUCUCGACAUGCGCCAGGCUGACAGUGUUCGCGGCCACGCCAUACUGACCACUUCUGCCUACCUCAAGGCCGCUGGCGAUGCUGGCUCCAAGUCCCUGACCUACUUCUUCUUCGAUAGAGUCAAGCGGGGGACGUACGACGACUACAUUGUCGCCUUCUGCGUGGCCGCUGCCAUCUUCCCCAUUGCGCCCGACAUGGUGGCAGAGAUGUUUCUCAGCGAGGGCUUCCUCCCGAGCCUCGGGCCCCUCAUGCGCCGGAAGUGGAAGAGCAGAAAGGUGGAGACUGCCUGUCUCGAGAUGCUCAAUGCCGCCGCCAUGAACUCGGCCUGCCGCGAAUCCAUUGCCAAGUACUGCACCGAAUGGCUGGAGGAGAUCGUCGACCAGGACCCAUCGGAGCUGUCGACCGCGGUCCAUUCCGCCGACACUGGCGUCGAAGGCGCCCAGGGAUCCAUCGCCAUGAGGAGGCACUCGGAGGCCGUACAGAACCUGGCCGCCGUCAUUCUGGCCAAACUGAGGGCUGUACCCUCAACCAACCAACAGUCAGCGGGAGAACCGGGGGCCGAGCGCGUGACGCUGGCCACCACGAGCAUCGAGGAUCUUUCGAAGAAGUUCACGUCGAUGAUACUAACGGACGCAGGUCAUGGAAAGCAGCACGCCGUCGAGGGUCUGGCGUAUGCAACCAUUCAACCAACCGUCAGGGAGGAGGUUGCACACGACAAGAAGCUCCUCACAAGCCUGGUCAAGCUGCUGGCCGAGGCUGCCCCCAAAUCACCACUCACGUACGGUGCCUUGAGUGUGUUCCAGAACGUCACACGAUAUCGCCCUGCCCAGUCCGAGGAAGAAAGGAAGAUGAGCCAGCUGAAGGCGUAUGCAAACGCUGCAGGGAAAACGGGCGCGCCGAACCCGCUCAACGACGACCCGCACGUCGCAGAACGAUGUAAGGCUGUCUUUGAGGCCAACCUCGUGCCUGUCCUCGUGACGCACAGCAGGAACGGGUCCGUCGCUUCCCUCUCCAUCAUUAUAUCGAUCAUCUACGCCCUCUCCGUGACGACCUCACUUCGAGGCCAGCUUGCCCAACAAGGGGCUGUCAACCUGAUGAUCGGCGCUUGGACGGCCCUGCCCGAAUCAGAGGCCCAGACACGGCGAACGGCUGCACAAGCGCUGGCUCGGAUACUGAUCAGCAUUAAUCCUGCUCUUGUCUUUGGAGGAACCCGUGCCCGGCCACAGAACUCAGCCAUUCGGCCUCUCAUCUCCAUUGUCUCACCGGAUCCUGCUGCGGAAACUCGAGACCUCUUGCCGACUUUCGAGGCGCUAAUGGCACUCACGAAUCUCGCGUCCACCGAUGACGACACACGAGCUACGAUCAUUCGCGCGGGGUGGACGGAGAUUGAAGAGCAGCUGCUGAGCCCCAAUAACAUGGUCUCCAAGGCAGCGGUCGAACUCAUCUGCAACAUAGUCCAGGCCCCUGAGGGUAUUCAACUGUAUGCCGAGGAUACGCCACAAGCGAAGAACAGACUGCAUAUCCUACUCGCGCUUGCAGAUUCGGAAGACGAAGCCACCCGGAGUGGAGCAGGUGGCGCCCUGGCGUCCUUGACCUCGUAUGAGCCCAUCGUCAAGGGCAUACUGCUGAGGGAUCGUGGCGUCCAGGUCGUUCUGGGCUUAUGUGCAGAGGAAAGCGAGGACCUGAGGCAUCGUGGCGUCUUUGUGGUCUACAACAUGAUCUCGUGCGAAGGUGAGACCGGGGAGGCCAUUCGGGACAAGAUUAGAGACGAGAACGGGUUGGCAAUUCUCCAGGAAUGUGCGAAAAAGAGCAGACGGGCCGAGGUUGUCGAGGUCACCAUCCAGGCACUCAAGGUGCUGCUGGAGGAUAAGGACAAGCCGCGCGUGUGGGAGGUGGACUAG